AUGCUAUAUGGCAUUGGUGGAUUGGAGACAGAAUUUAAUGCCAUAUUUCGUCGUGCAUUUGCAUCUAGAGUUUUCCCACCCGAAUUAGUAGAAAAAUUAGGCAUUCAACACGUUAAAGGUAUUCUUCUUCAUGGACCGCCUGGAACAGGGAACACAUUAUUGGCUAGACAAAUUGGAAAAAUGUUAAAUGUGCAAGAAUUAAAAGUUAUUAAUGGACUGGUAGUAUUGAAUAAGUACAUAGGUCAAUCUGAAGAAAAUAUUCAUCAAUUGUUUGCUGAUGCAGAAAGAGAAUAUAAGGAGAAAGAUUCUGGGUUACAUAUAAUAAUAUUUGAUGAGUUAGAUGCUAUAUGUAAACAACGUGGUAGUGAUGGAACUGGUAGAACUGGUGUUGGUGAUAGCAUUAUAAAUCAGAUAUUAGCAAAGAUGGAUGGUGUUGAACAAUUGAACAAUAUAUUAAUCAUUGGUAUGACUAAUCAAUUGGAUAUGAUUGAUGAGGCAUUACUUCAUCCUGGUCGUUUGGAAGUUCACAUGGAAAUGAAAAAAAAAAAUAAUACUUUGGAUGUUGAUGUUGAUCUAGAUGAAUUGGCUAGUUCAACCAAAAAUUUUAGUGGUGCAGAAAUCAGUGGACUUAUUAAGAGUGCUAGUUCAUUUGCAUUUAAUAGACAUAUCAAAGUAGAAACACUCACAGGGAUAAGACCAUAUUUUGAAAACAUGAAAAUAAAUAGAGAUGAUUUCCUAGAGGCAUUGAAUGAAAUGCAUCCAGCUUAUGGUGUCAGCAAUGAAAAAUUACAACGUUAUAUCCAAAAUCAAAUUAUUCCAUUUGCACCACAUCAACCUUAA